AUGCAAUUCUUCUCCCUGCGUUGGGUGUUUACUCUAGAACCUCUCCGUGCUCUAUUUCAUGAGCCAGGCAACAGAGAGGAAGUAGAGUCAGGCAAUGAAACUAAGCCAGAGCACGAAGCUGAGGCAGGUCAAGAAGCAGAACACUGCCAGGAGGCAGAGUCAACCCGACACAGAGGCCAGCCUGCCCACAUCAUCCAUGCCAAACAAUGCCCUCAGGUGCAGUGCAUACUGGACGACAAACCUGAUGUGGAGGGCAACUUGCAGCCGGAGGAUAGAGGUCACGGUUAUAUGGAGUCUUCAUUGACACCAAGUGACUACAGCCAGUCCAGGAAGGCUGAAAAGCUUCAGCUUGACCAUGCUCGAAAGAAUCAGGGACUUGGCCAUGACGUAAUGGAUACUGAGGAGGAGGAGGCCGACAACGAGAUGAUAAUGCAGGAAGUAAAUGAGCAUGAUCAGCGUCGUCGAAGCAAGGGGAAAAACCCAUUGAAGAACCUUUCACCAGAGACAAACAGUCACGUUCGGCAUCGUUUGGUGAAGGGCAAACGACCUGCACCAAGACCUUCAGGAGAAAAUAACGAGACAUGCAACAAAGGAGAGGAGUUCACGCAGACUUUACAUAGUCUGGUGAAGAGUAAGCCACCUCCACAGAUGCCUUCAGAAGACAAUGAGGGAUCAGGUGUGGAGGGUGCAAGCCAAAGUCCUCAUGCAUGCCCUGUUACUAGUGCAAAGGCACUGGGAAAGAAAUGUUCAAAUCCUGUGCCAAAGGCUAAGCAUGGCCCUUUCUCAGUUCGUGAAAUGGAUCAAGUCAAGGAGCUUGCAGACACCAUCAUGGAAUACUGCAAGAACAUGGGCCGUACACCCGAGUCUGUCCUAUGCAAAGGGGGCUUCAAUAUCUCCCUUUCUCGUGAGCCGUCCUGGUGGGACAUAUGGCAAAUGUACUUGUGUCACCAGAGUUACAAUCCCAAACAAAUCUCAGCUGCCAGUCACUCAUGGCCUACCCAGGUCUUGGAGAUGUACAAGAUUCUUAUGGAGAACCUUUCAGAGGGCAAGCUGGAGGACUAUUGGCAGAAUAUGCUUGUAGAGUUGGCAGGGUCCAAAUCAGAGGUUGAGCAGCAGGAGUUCAAGAUGGCGAAGUCGGCUCUGAAGCAAGUUCAAGACUUGGCAAUGGUGUUGGGAAGGGUGGACUUGGACAUGAUCGGGGUAAUCAUUCCUUGUGAUCCUGUGGCCAACCAGGCUGCUACCGUCAUCACAGGCAAUCCUUUGCUGCAAUGCAUCAUUGAGCACAGUCAAGCAGACAUCAAGAAGUUACUUCAUCAUUUGACAACACUCCUUUGGGGGAUGGCCUCUAAUUUUAUUGUACCAGAAACCGUGGACAUCUCACAAUUGCUUGGUGUUGAUGUGGUGAACUUGGAUGCAAACAUAGAAGGCUCAAGCACAGUGCUGCAGCUGCCCCCCAUGGAACCCAGGGACCACACAAAGGUUUCAAAAAGUCUGGCCAAAAAAUCCAAGUCUUCAAAAGAUUGGUUCACGAUGCAUGUUCUAAUUGAUUGGGCUUUAGAUUACAUGGACUUGGCAGAGGGGAGUGAGGAUUGGCUGGACAUACCCAUCAUUACUGGCAAAUCCGAAUCAGGGGUGCUUGUCGUCCUCGCCCAUGUCAGAAACUGCUUGCUGGAGGUUGAGAAUGCGGCUCAACAAAACGAUGGAGGUGCUGACUGCCCUCCACUACUCUGUGCCAGAGCUCAUAGCCAGAUGAUUGAGGUCAACACCUUGAAGGUAGUUAAAAAGAAGAAGAUGGUGACAACCUCCACACAAGUUGGCAGGCAGAAGCGCAAGUUACGUGAGGACACCAAGCCUUCUGGAGCUGGUGUCCAGGUCGAAAAACCACCAUCUUCUGAUGACAGGCCAGCAACUCUCGCACUCCUGUUAUCUCCCCCAUUCACUCUCCUCCUGCCAAACAUGUUGGACAAAGAACUCAAUUCCCAUGGGAUGUCCCAGCAGCGGCAUACUCAUGAUGAUGCUGGGUCAAACCGUCUGAGUGGCUCUCAUCCGAGAGGUGUCAUUCCAUGGAAUGACGCCGACGUUCGCAAUCACAAUGACUACGACAUGGAUGUCAACAUGUAUGACAAAGAUGGGCACAACACUUUCAUGGAUGAGUAUCAGGCAACUAGGCAGUACUUUACAGUGCCCCACCUAUUCCUGCAGGAAUCCAGUCAUUCCACAGGAAUUCCAGUGGAAUCCACAGGAAUCUGCAGGAAUUCCAGAGGAAUCCAGUGGAAUUACACUGGAAUCCUCUGA